GUUCUAACAUUUUUUUUUGUAAUUUAAUAAUAUUGAUCAAAUUUCACAUUUUGAAAUUUACCUGCCUAUAAAUAGUUGGUGUUAAAGAUAUAACCUAAAAACAAAACAUAAUUAUAAUUAGUACUCUAUUCGUUUCAAAAUAAUCUAUGUUUAAAUUGUUUAAAAAUACAUUUUUUACAUUUUAAUGCAUUUUUAUUAAGUAACAAUGAUAAAUUGUAAAUUUCAAAAGGUUAAUUGUAUUUAUUAAAUUUUGAUUGGAAAAAAAUUGUGAGCACUAGUUAAUUACAAAAAAACAAUGCAUUUGUAAUCAAAAUUUAAAAUGUUUUUUAAUGUGUGAAAACUCCACUUAUACAUUUUUUAAAUGGAGGGAGUACAUUAUUACUAAUAAAAAUUAGUGUUUUAUAUUUAUAUCAAGUUUAUUUUUUUGGCUAAAAUUUAUUCAUUUAAUUAUUCUGCAAUUUAUUAUACAAACAUCAUGAGAUUUGUCUUACUAAGUAUUUUUUAAAAUAAAAGAUUUUUUUUUGUCCCUUGUUUAACCAAUGCCAUCAAACAAACUAUUAAUAAUACUAUAAGAAAAGUUCAUUAUUUUUAUAAAAAAGUUUAUAAACUUUAAAUAAUUAAGCUGUAAAGGGACCUAAAGGAAAGACAAAAGAAAACUAAAAUAAAAGAUGUAGGAAUAAGUAUGAAAUAAGCAAUAGGAUCAAAGAGACAACUUGGGGGGUGUGGGCCGACAUGCCAUCAUCAGAGCCUCUCUUGCUCCAUUCUUACCUCUAGAAGUGUUUGCUUCUGUCAUCAUUACAUUUUUUUUUUCAGUUUCCUCGUCUUAUUUAUCAAUUGUUAUGGCUUCUGGAGAAUAGUUGGAUAAAGUUUGAAUUUCACUUAUCCAUUUAUUGAGAUAUUUUAAAUAGUUUGUUUUGGCUCUUAAACUAUACUAUAAUUUUAAAAUCAAAUGUUGAGCUAUAAUAUCACAGUCGACAUUCUACUUUAAUCCUUCUGUUUUGAUUCAUAAAAUGUUUUGGAUAAAUAUUUGGAAACUUUAAAAAUCGUUUUCAGGUAGCCAAGUUAUUGUUAAGCUUAUCUCAAAAUUAUAAACAAAAAGAAAACAAAAUUCAGAACUUGUACGGUACAGGCAAAACUGAUAAAAAUGAAUAGAGAGAAAGAAAAAGAAGGAUUUUGGAAGGUCUUAUUUGGUUUUAUGUUGUCGUUGAUUUUACUCAUAACAUGAUACAAAACAAAUGAUAAAAAAAUGAGAAACGUUUGAACAUUUCCAAAAGUAGAAUUGGUUAAAUAAUUAAAGUUAUAUAAUAAUAAGAAUUAGAAUAGUGUAGAACGAUGUAUUGUAAUAGAGACGCAAUCUCACCAAAUUAACACUGAAAAUCCCAAGGUUUAUAAGCAGUCCCACUAAACCGCCCCAAAAAACCAUAGAUUUGCCAACAUGCUUUCUCUUCACUUCUGAUCUCCCUUCAAACACCAAAGGAAAAAUUGUGUUUACAUGUUAGUAGCAAAUAUCUACACUAAAGAUUAUCCAAAUUAAAAAUCAAACGUUAAUGGGAAAUCUUGACAAUGGUUACCAAAUAGGAUGUGGAAUAGGGAGACAAGUAGAGGAGGCUGUAGGGGUCACUUGGAGAAAUAGUGAUCGAUCUUCACCCACCGUCGUUCAUUAUUAAUUGCGGCUAAUUAUAACUUUCAUUAAUUAUUAUUUAUGCCAAUUUAAUUGCUCUUUCAAUCUUAAUAGAUUAAUAUUUUUAAUUUUCUUUUUACCAUUUUCAUCAUCAAAUUCUUGUUUAUCUUUAUUUUUUUUUAUAAUAUUGGUAUAAUUCCAAAAGCUUUCUAGGUCCAAUGACUAAUCCACCAAGAAGCCCAUAAAAUACUAGGUGACCAAGGGGAAUCGAAUCCGGGUUAUCUUUAAAUCUUUUUAUUUUUUCAUUGUCAACAAGUUACUUGUUCGAAAAUUUCAACUGCAAUAAAAAUUUUGUCAGAAAAAUAAAAUGAGAUGAAAAGAAAAUAGUGAUGUGCUAAAAGAAAUAGUGACGCCAUGGUUUAACUAAUAAAAAAAGAAGCCAUUUCGGAGUUAUCAUCAAUUUUAAUUUAAUUUAUUUUUCCAUUUGAUAAUUCAUAUCAUUUUUUGGUUAAUUAGUUUAUAGUUACAUUUUUUGUGGAGAAAUCUGUGUUUCGAAUCUGAAAUGCCUCUAUAUAUAUGCUUAACUCGGAUUCCAAACACAGAUUUCUACAAAAAAACAAAUUAUUUCUUUCUCAAAAGAGUAUAUCAUUUGGAAUCUGAUACACAUGUAAGCCAUUCAUUAAGCUAAUAACUUAUACAUCAUGAGUACGUAUUAAAACCUACAUUCUGAAAAUUUUGUUUCACUUGAGGAGUAAAUGUAGAUGUUACUUUGAAAUGGACUAUACAUUAGUGUUCGCAGUUUAUUUAUAGUGUUCAGAUUCUUCACAUAAAUUGUGUAAUUUACUCUCAUAUAAAAGAGAGAUAGAUUUCCCGAACAUUCUCAAAUAAAGACAAAUUCAAAAGUGCCUAUGGAGGAAUUAAAAUUCGUUAAUGAUUAAUAUAUAGCCUAUGAGUAUCAGUAAUAAUGACUUUCUAUUUCUUAAUUAUUAUUGUUUCACUAAGAUCAGCUGGUAAUAAUUUGUUGGUGGAUAUGAUAUCUUUCAGGGUGCACAUAUAUCUUUUUGGGUAAAAGGGUGCAAAUAUAUUUCUUUGAUGUUAUGAGAAAAAAUAAUAUAAAAGUAUUAUGAGCGAAUGGUAUUUAUUCAGAGUGUAUUUUUUUUGGGGUGCAAAUGUUAAGAUAAACUUAUUCACAGUGAUUCAUAACUCAUAAGCACAACAAUUGUUACAGUUAGUGAAAUUGUUUGUUUGGUUAAAGGUAAAAUAGAAUUUAAACAUAUGACUCGAAUUCUCAAAAGGUUAACCAUCAAAAAUAGAGAGAAAUUAUACAUAGAAUAAAAUGAUAUAUUGGUGAAUUAUCUAUCAUUAGUUUUUUCACAUUUUAAGAGCUGUGAAUAAUUUUAAUUAUCAAACAACAAAAACAGAAUAAUUACGAAGUUUGAUUGCAUGCAAUAUACCCGUAUGUGUAUAUAUGAGAACUGUUAAUAUAAAUGAUCAUGUUCUUCGGUUCCAUGUAUAUAAUUGUAAUUAAGUUUUCACGAUUUUAUCUUCCAUUCAGAAUAUAUUUGGGUCACAUCAGAAUCAAGUGAAUUGUCACCAAAUAAGUUCUACAAUUUAUUUUCAAAUAUUUAGGUUCUGAAAAUUUUGAACUUCUUGCCUAUGCGUUAUAUUAUAUAAAUGAUGUAAGCACCAACAUGUAUAAGGAACAAUAUUUUUCGUGUAACAAAAUAACUUCAUACGUAUAAUUUUAACUACAUACAUAUGUAAGUGGUAAAUCAUGUCUUUUAUUUUUUUAUAUGUCUUUUAUAUGUUAUAUUAAAAAAAAUCAUGUCUUUUAUAUGUUAUAUAAGUGGUCAAUAAAAUAAAGUGUAUAUAGGGGGCUGUUUCUAGAUACAGGUCGUUUUCAAAGUUUAGUUAGGAUAGAAUCUAAGACAAGAUCCUAAGCUAACUCUUCCAGGCAAAGCAAAUAUAUUUCUUUCUUUUUCAGGAAACUUUCUUCUUUAUUUACUCUAUUUAUCAUACAUAUCACCGAAAUAUCUUAUUUUACAUUUCAGUCAAUCCCCUGAAAAGAUAUUUUAGGCAUUGCUCCAUAGUUGAUUCAUGCAUAAUACAAAUUCUCAAAUAUUUCUCGAUAUUUAGGCUUUGCUCUAUAACUGAUGUCAGGUGUUUGUUUUAAAAUAUUUAUUUAAUAUUGCAAUUCCUUGUAUAGUUUAAAUAGUGAUGUUCAAAAAUAAGAGUUGGUAAGCUGAUGUAUUACCAUUGUUGAUUUUCUCGGAUAUAAUAUAAUAUCAUGUGACUAAUCUUCAAAGUGACCAAUGGAAAGACGGUGUGCGGCCAUAAUUUUAUAGUCCAGUAUAUUAUCUGUUGGGAGUUUGAUGAGCAGUCCAAUAGAAAUAGACUACAAUACAUAAAUAUAAAAGGUAAGUGAAAGGUCGGUAGAUCACAUCAGAUUGUAAUGAUUUUAUCAGAUUAAGUUCAUGAUUUAUAUUUUUGAUUGAGCUAUGGACCCAUUUAGACGAAAAUUUCUCCUUAAAAUUUCAAAAUUAACCAACUAGAUAGCUAUUUAAACUAAUUCUAAUGACGAUAAUAAACAAUAUGGAUUAAUUUGUUUGCAAACUAAAUCGACUUGUUUUGUUUCAAAAAAUUUGGUCCAUCAUCGGAGACAACACAAUUUUAGUUUUGCUAUCAGCACACUGCAUACCAAAAUAUAAAUAUGAUGAGCUAAAUAGUAUAUCUCUUGUCCAAAAAAACAUGCUCCAUUAGCCUGCAUGGUUCGUUGUUAGCAAUUAGUCAAAACUCAAAAGAAGGAUAACGAAUACUAAUUGUGACAUAUAUGUAAGGUCAUAGAUUAUAUUUGAAGCUUUGGUUUCGAAAUUAGUUGCAGUCUUUUGAGAGAACAUAAAAGUUAUUUUUCUUAAAAAAAAAUCUUUACAAUAGAUAUGGUCAUUAAUCUGGUUAUAUGAAAUCUACUUUUGACUUAAAAAAACAACAGAGAAUCCGUUUACUCUCUUGAACGCUUCCAUGGCUUUGUCAAACCGUACGCCUUCCUCUUCCUUUGAUCGAAUAAAUUCUGUUUCGCACCAGUUUGUCCAUUAACCUUAUAAGAUGUGCUGAACUCUGAUGGACUUCAAACGCCUUCACCAUGUUUCCUCCCAUUUUUCUAUGUCAAAUUAAUGAUUAGUCGAAUUUUAUAUCCGCGAUUCUUCCUCUUUUUCGUUUUUACACAUAGAUACUGAAAUGAUUUGUAUGCUUUCUAUACAAAUUACAAUAGAUAUGUUUCUUAUAUUUCGGUACUCGACAUUAUUUAGUAGUUGUUAUUUUGUUAAACAGAUAUAAGUACUAUUGUGUAUUAGAAUAUUCUAUGUGUCGACUUAAAUAUUAAUUGGCAUGUUGAAACUUUGGUCGGUCAAAAUCAGUUUAAUUACUAUGCCUCCGGUCACAAAAAUUCAAGCAUUCUUAAAAAAUCACUUAAUCAAAUUGAGAUAUUCGUGCUAUUGUUUGACUCUACGGGAUGAAACUUUUCUUAGGAUCAAGGAUUGCCUCAAAUUCUACAACAGAAAAAAGGCUAGAUUUUGGAGUCUUUGGACCAAUGUAUCACAUUUUCACGAUAUUGGCGUGAUAUUGAUAACCUUUUAAUUCGUGGACGGUAAAGUGGCAGCCUCCAAAAAAAUCGUGCGUCUAAUGUAUCAAUUACUUUUGUUAGCAUGCUUUAAUAGCAUUUUUACUUAAUAUAAUUCAAUAAAUAUCGUAAGUUAUUAAACCGGCCAGCCAAUAGUGAUGGUGGAAUCAUAUUCAGCAAUUUACAGUGGCGUCACUAACUUCUACAGUUCAUUUUUAGUGGAUAAAAAACUUGAGAUAAGAAUUUCAAUUGAGAACAGCGGCACGUUGACCUCUGCCGGGUGAAAACAACAAACACUAACUUGUAAUGCAUCGUUAAUUAUUCGAUUAAGUAGGCUACUUGCCUACUAACACCAAUAAUUACCGUUAACCCUAGUUAUAAUCGGUGUUAGAGAGUUUUAAGUACACACGCACUAUAAUUUUGACCAUGUAUAGUUCAUUAUAGAGAAAUAUACCUUAUGUACAUACGAAAUUGCAAAAAGGUAUAUCUGUUCUAAAAAUGGAACGCAUUUCAGAUACUGAUAUCUUAUGUUAUGUAUUAGUUCAUAAACACUAUGAAACCCAUCAUAAAUCAAUGUUUACUUAAUAGAUAGUACAUCAAAUUAGAGGGCAUGCUUAUUAUUGUCAUACACAAGAGCCCGUAACAAGUACAAAAAGGGGGAAUAUUAUAUAAAAUUUUAUCUUGAGAGUUAGAGACAUUAUGAUUAGAGAAGGAAAUAUGGGGAUCGAGGCACAUAUAUAAUGUAUAUUCUGAUUAGAAAAAGUGAAUGGUGUGAAAGGGUUUGUGGGUAAAUCCUUGUGAAAGAGCUCUCCCUCACGCAGUAGACACUAGACAAGUAGGCCUGCAUGUGAAACUGAAACCAAAAUCAAGUGCCCUUUUUCUCAUUUCUGAAAUCCAGCUUUUAUUCAAUUCAUUUCCCAUUUUUAAAUUUUCCUUUCCCGUUUUAGUACUCAUUUCUUAUUUAUCGUAUAAACUCCUUUUUCUUUUUGUAUAUAUCCAUUUCUCCUUGAUUUUCGUGCCUCCCUUGUCAUACUCUUCACUAACUCAAAAAAGAUUCUUCAGUUUUGGGAUUUUUCGUUGGGGACUAUAGAGACUCGAUGAGUUACUGAGAUGACGUCACGAGCCGAAAGGGUGAGGUAAAUACAGUAAAACGACAGCCAACGGCUUUGGUGGGGCCGGGAUAAGCGGAGAUCAGAUGAGGAACAAAUGAUUAGUUAUGUAAUAGAAACAGUUCUUCUCCCCCACGUGUCCUGCAUCUAGAGCGACACUUGUUAAGGACGGCGCCACCAACCAGACAAUGGGAGCUGGAUUGCUGAAGAAAGACUUAAGAACAUCUUCAUCUGUUUUACUCUUCUCUUUUUUUUUUCUUGUUGUUUUUAAUAUAAUCUACAAACGGACACGAUUCGUCAUGUUUAAUGGCCAACGUUCAUUCCUUUAGGGCUACUACAAAUCCGAAAAUAUUUUAAUAGUUUUCCGAAAAGAAAUUUUGGGAUUGUAUGGUUUCCAUUGGAUCUAAGACUCAAAAUUAUCAAUUAUGUAUUUCCUAUAUUACAUUAUAAAAUUUGAUGCGGCAGUAUAUUGAGUGAGAUUUACGUAGUUAUCCAUAAACGAACAUUUCUUUUUAAAAAAUAAACCCAUAAAAUGUACAUGCGGGUAAAUUCUUUCGACGUUGAUAGGUACACUCAAUAUAGUUAUUUUCGUUGUCCCCAUUUUUUUUACUCACGUGUUUUAUCAAUGGGUUACCGAGGACAUAUAUUAACCCCAGAUUAAGCAAACAUAUAUCUAAAAUUUAUCGUUAUAUUGUUAAUAAUUACACUUAGUUAUAUAUACAUUAUGCAUAUACGAUGACAAAAAAUACAUUAUGCAUACAGUCCAAACCUGGAGAGUAAUUUAUAAUAUUAAUACUAAACUACUAGAAUCGUUUGUAAUAUUUACUACAAUCAAAUUAAAUCAAAUUGAAAUUUGCAAUCUAUAAAACUGUUCGGUGAUGUUCAGAGCAUUUUAUUAUUUAACCUAAUGCCACAUAAGAAUCGCUAAUCUUAUACUCCUUUUGUUUCUUUUUAUAUGAUAUUUUAGUUUUAACAUACAAAUUAAGAAAAAAAUACUUUUACUAAAAGCAUUGGAUUACAAUAAAAAAUAACCAAAAUUACUAUCAUUGCUAUUCUAAACUAAUAAGACAAAAACAAUAUAUUAAUAUUUAAUAUUUUAAUAAUUUAUUUUAAUAGUUUUACAUCAAUUUUCUAAAAACAUCAUACAUAUUGAAACAAAAACAUCUUCUAAAACAUCGUAUAAAAAAGCCAGAGGGAAUAUAUAACUUGGUAUAUAAUAGAUAAGAAUGAAAAGGGAUUUUUAAUCUUGUGAGAUGUAAUAAAAAACUAGUAAACAAUAGACAACUAACAAAAGUUGGGUUGUGCAGUAACUGCCGGUAAAGUGGAGAAGCUUGGAAAAACUUUAAACAAAAAAUUGCGGUUAGAGAGAGAGAUAGAGCCGUCCAAAAACAAGGCGUAGAUGUCUAUCCCACGCGCAAUCAAACCCUCUUGCUCCAUCUCCAUCUUCUUCUUCUUCUCCCUCUCCUUAUAUCAUCAUUUUGCACCCACAUGACACACACUUCCAUUGAUAUAAAUAAGCAUAUUCACAUCAUAAACCUAAAACCUAUAUAUAUACACUCUAAGAUUUCUAGAUGGUCCAUAUACAUAUGAUCUAAUUAAUCAAAAGCCAAUCUCUUGCCUUGUUUUAUAAAGACUCAUCAUUCAAUCCGCAACAGACAUUUCAAACCCUCCUCUCCUUCUUCCUUUUGCUACCCUAUUUCAGAUCGUUCUUGUUGAAAUCGCUUACAAAAAUAUAUCAGUAUUUCCCACAAGCCCUUCGUCCAAUCUAUAUUAACUUGAUCAUUUUAGAUGGAUAACAUAAUGCAUAUGCCACCAGGAUUCCGAUUUCACCCGACAGAGGAAGAACUCGUCGGUUAUUACCUAGAUAGGAAGAUCAAUUCAAUGAAAAGUGCUUUAGACGUCAUUGUAGAGAUUGAUCUCUACAAAAUGGAGCCAUGGGAUAUUCAAGCGAGAUGCACCCUAGGGUAUGAAGAGCAAAAUGAGUGGUACUUCUUUAGCCACAAGGACAGGAAGUACCCGACCGGGACUAGGACCAAUAGAGCCACGGCCGCUGGGUUCUGGAAGGCCACCGGCAGAGACAAGGCGGUUCUUUCAAAAAACAGUGUUAUAGGAAUGCGGAAGACACUUGUCUACUACAAAGGUCGAGCUCCUAAUGGAAGAAAAUCCGACUGGAUCAUGCACGAAUACCGUCUCCAAAACUCUGAGCUUGCCCCGGUUCAGGAGGAAGGUUGGGUCGUGUGUCGAGCAUUUAGGAAGCCGAUUCCAAACCAGAGGCCAUUAGGGUACGAGCCAUGGCAGAACCAGCUCUACCACGUUGAUAGUAGUAACAACUACUCAUCUUCAGCGACAAUGAACUCGAGUCAUCAUAUCGGUGCCUCUUCAUCGAGCCAUAACCUUAACCAAAUGCUCAUGAACCACUACAAUGGCAAUAAUGUAUCCUCGUCGAUGCAUCAAUAUGGCAAUAUCGAGCUCCCUCAGCUGGACAGCCCGAGCUUAUCACCGAGUCUAGGGACGAAUAAAGAUCAAAACGAGGGAUUCGAACAAGAAGAAGAGAAGAGCUUCAACUAUGUAGACUGGAGAACACUAGAUAGCUUGCUUGAGACACAAGUCACACAUCCACAAAACCCUAAUGCCCUAAUGUCUUCGUUCGAAACGCAGUCGUAUAAUCCGGCUCAGAACUUCCCUUCCAUGCAUCAAAACUAUAGUCACGAGGUUGAAACAAAUAUUCGUGAUUCUCUUGGAUGCUUCCCUGACUCGUAAUUAAUAUAAAAUUAUAUACUAUAUUGAUUUGUUUUUAUGAUUUAAUUGUUUCAUCUGAAGAAUAACAUUUAUAACUGUCUAUUUGUAAAACAAGUUUGUGUUUAAUACGUAGAGAUUUCCUUGUGAAUUUCACAAUCACAAAGGUGGAAUUUUUUUUUAUCUAUCCCUUGGGGUUUUCUAUUAAUAUUUAUUUUGUUAUUCGAAUUUGUAUAUCCAUUGAUUCUAAUAAAAUGUGCUCAUAAUUAUACGA